UCCCCCCCAAUAUCCCGUCCUCCCCGGUCCUCCCGUUCUUUUGCCAUGGAAUUCUAUGGCAGAAAUACUCUUCACGGCUUCAUGGAUGAUGAAAACGGUUCAACCCAGUCACCCCCUCGCCUUUCUAUUAGAUCUCACCUAGAUAUGUAUGAACAAGAUCUCCAAUUUAGCCCUGGAAGAACUUCUAGCCCCCGUGCAAGUGCCACCAUGCACUCAGUGUUGCCACCCGGUAGUCCUGAAUCACCAUGGACACUCUCUCCUCUUCAAACCCCAUCCCCUGCACUCCUCUACCACUGCAUCGCUUCUCUUCAUCGCCAGGAAGGCAAUAUCUACUCGAUUGGACUGUCAAAAGGGUUAGUUUUCACUGGCUCAGAUAGCAAUCGUAUCCGGGCAUGGAGGCAGCCUGACUGCACCGAACGGGGAUAUAUCAAGGCAAGUUCUGGUGAAGUCAGGGCCAUUUUCGCUUAUGGUAACAUGCUUUUCUCUACACAUAGAGACUGCAAGAUCAGAAUUUGGAACUACACAGUUACAGAUAAUUUUAAAUUCAAAAAGAUCUCAACACUCCCUAAGAGAAGCUCAUUUCUUCUGUUUCCUAAGACAAGCAGCCAACAACAUAAAGACUGCGUUUCUUGCAUGGCCUAUUACCAUGCUGAAGGGCUUUUGUACACUGGCUCUUAUGACAGAACAGUUAAGGCUUGGCGGCUUUUAGAUAAAAAAUGUGUAGACUCAUUUGUGGCUCAUGAAAGCAACGUCAAUGCAAUAGUGGUCAACCAAGAUGAUGGGUGUGUUUUCACUUGCUCCUCUGAUGGAUCGGUGAAGAUAUGGAGAAGAGUAUAUAGAGAAAUCUCUCACACUUUAACCAUGACGCUGAAAUUCCAACAAUCACCUGUUAACGCCUUAGCCUUAAGCACAACAUUCAACAACUGUUUUCUCUAUUCGGGUUCAUCUGAUGGCACCAUCAAUUUUUGGGAGAAAGAAAAAAUGUCCGGGAGGUUCAACCAUGGUGGUUUUUUACAGGGUCAUCGUUUUGCAGUUUUGUGCUUGGCGGCUAUAGAGAAGUUAAUAUUUAGUGGCUCAGAGGACACAACGAUUAGGGUGUGGCGGAGGGAGGAAGGAAGUUGUUUCCAUGAAUGCUUGGCAGUGUUGGACGGACAUAGAGGGCCUGUCAGAUGCUUGGCUGCUUCUUUAGAGAUGGAAAAAAUUGUCAUGGGAUUUUUGGUAUACAGUGCUAGUUUGGAUCAAACUUUCAAGGUAUGGAGGGUCAAAGUCAUGCCCGAAGAGAAACUCUGCUUCGAUUUUGCGGACCGAAACGAUUCAAAGUCUACCAAGACGAUGGAGUAUGAGAUGAGCCCUGUGUUGUCUCCAUCUUGGGUCGAGAAGAAGCUUCAAGGUAAUCAUUUCCAGUAAUUUAAGACAAUGUUUCCCUUGCUAGUUCAUUUUUGUCUUUUACAUUAUUAGUUCGGUUGGUAGUUCUUGUACAAACAAAGGCUAGCCAAAAAUAAAAUCUCGUUAUU